UUUCUUCAUCACUGCUUAACCCCUCCAUUGUAGUAUAUCAGAAGGGAUUUUUCAAUGCGAUGGCUCGGCCAUAGCCCACUCCACACUGGACGGAACUACUCUUUGAGCAUAGCGUGGUCACCAGUUGUACCCUGUCUCCGCAGCAACGAUCGGUAUUCUCUCUGGGCCAGUAAUCGAGGUGGGGCGUUUUAAACAGAUAGAUACCUUGUCAACAUUCACAUCAAGCGCUGUCACACCGGGGAUACCAAUCAACAACCACCCCUUGAAAUACAAGGAUCUCAACAGGUGGACACUCGUAUAUGCCAAAUGAACCGAUGAUGUAACACACGUACCAAAUCAACUGCAUUAUUGGCUAUACUGACGUAACAACCGGUGUGCCGUUCUUGCUCACAGCUACCUGGGGGGGAACAUUAGCCUAGCUACUUGAAGCUGUCUGAUGCACCGAAUCCUGCGCGAUGACAAAAUGCUUUCCGCAGCAUUGUGUCCGCAUAUUUCACCUUUCAAUUUGCCUAUGCAUUAUGCUGCCGUUACUACUUCUUCCGUCGAGCUUGCACCGUAUGUUGUUCAAAGGUACAAAUCUGAUACAUGGCAUAUUGUAUCUGGUCUUUUUCUCUGCAUCUAUCGUGACCUAUCUGGUCAUCAGUUAUGUUGAUCCUGGAUACCUUACCAAUGAGAAAGCUCAGUUUUUCGCUCAUCGUCGUGAACACUCCUUUGAUGACGAGCAAAGUGAGAAUCCCCACGAUCGCGGUGGUCCCAUGUACGACGGACUUCAACCUUCCCUUACACUUAUAACAAACGAACCCAUCGAGAUGAACCAAACCAAGGUUGUGUUCUCGGAUGCAAAUGCUUCGAAUAAUAAACCCCUAUCACCUUGGUGGCGCGACUUUUCUUGGCUUCAUCAUUGCUUCAGAUUCCCAUUCUCCACCUUUUUUAUCGCCAAACUCGGAGAUCCCCAGGAUUAUCCGGCCCUCAAUUUAUCCGUUCCAGUGCGCUUUUGUAGGCACUGUCGGUUGGAACAGCCACUUCGAUGUCGUCACUGCCCGGAUUGUAAUCGGUGCGUUAUGAAAUUCGAUCAUCAUUGUCCAUGGAUUUCGAAUUGUGUCGGAGAAAGAAACCAUUCUGUUUUCUUGGUGUUCUUGAUUCUUCAAGAUCUUGUUCUCUGGUGGACUCUUUAUUUGGCCAACUCGUCGAUCACACCGAGUCACCUCUGGUCCGACUGGUUUCGCAUCAAUGGUCUCUUCCUUACUGUGAUGAUUGUGCUUGCUCUAAUCGGCGUCCCGGUGACUGCUUUGCUCGGAUUCCACAUUUAUUUGGCACUAGCCAACCGCACCACAUGGGAGACGGUAGCAUACGAGAACAUUACCUAUCUACGUCAUUUGGAAGAUCGUACAAAUCCAUUCAAUCAGGGAUGUGUCCGGAAUUGCUACUUUUUCUGUUGCUCCCCGUUUCCGUUCGGCUGGGACCUUCUCUACGCCGAAGCUGUGGAGCAGAAGAACCUCGAACCUUCCCGACCAAUCUAUCCCACUGGGUCACUGAAUGAACGGUUACCAGCUCAGCUGACCGUAAACGCGUCUGUUCCUCUCGACGUUCCGAUAGCCGUGCAUCUCAACUGUAGCCCCACUGUUGCUGAACCGGUGACCGCAUCCAUGCCAGCGUAGGCUAUGCAUAUUUUUACUGAGCCUGUCAACAUUCACUCUGUCAAUGCGUUAGGUUGCUCCCCAAGGAUGUUAUUCCAUUACCCGGUCUCUAUUUCUGCCCCCUUGAACAUGACUCCACGCUUUUCUGCGCCUCGUUUGGCAAUCGUGAAGCACGCACACUCACCGGCUUUGUGGUGCUGACUGUGCAUUUUCCACCAUGUCCCCACUGAGCUUGCUUCAUCCCACACGCUUUACAACACCGGACCAUUUCAUUACAUUCUCUCGAUACCAUUUUUACGCUUGCCUUC